AUGACCAAGGUGAUAUUUCUCGACCUGCUUAAUGAGCUUCGGGACCUUUAUCUAUUACACGGGUCAUCAAGAACAACUGCCAGAGAGGUAUUGGCAAUUACCCUGUAUAUCUUAUCCCAAAAUGAAUCUAUUAGAGGAGCUAUGGAGCGGUUCCAACAUUUCUCAGAAACCAUUAGUAGAUAUUUCUCUGUGGGUUUGAAUGCGCUGGUGAGUCUGGCAUACAAGAUCAUAAAGCCCGAUGAUCCAACGUUUCAGACCAUUCUCACACAAAUUGCAAAUGACCCUCGAUACAUGACCUUCUUCAAGGACUGUAUUGGAGCUAUUGAUGGAACACACGUCGAUGCACACUUGCCUCUUGCAGAGAAAGUCGCUUACAUCGGACGGUGUGGAUCUCCAACACAAAUCAUCAUGGCCGUGUGUAGCGCAUACGAUAGUCAUGUUUUCAAGUUUGCUACUAGGAACCUAGAAUAUGGGUUCCCUUACCCUCCUCCUGGUAAGUACUACUUGGUCGACACUGGAUAUCCCUUGCAAAGGGGGUUUCUUAAGCCGUAUCUAGAUACAAAGUAUCACAUCCCAGAUUUUGAAAGGUCCAGUGGUGUAGCAUGCGGAAAAAAAGAAUUAUUCAAUAAAAUACAUUCAUCACUGCGAGGGGUUAUUGAAGGAUCUUUUGGAGUAUGGAAGAAGAAAUGGGUAAUAUUGCGUGAUAUGUCCACUUAUCCGUUUCCAAAACAGGUCCAGAUUGUAGUGGCUACCAUGGCACUGCACAACUUCAUUAGACGACAUCCUUCAAGAACUGAUGCAGAAUUUGCUGUGGUUAAUGCGGACUUAAUACAAAUUCCCUCUGAAGCAUUCGAGUAUCAUGUUGGCCACACCAUACCACAACUUACAAUUGAUUCACCUGAAAAAAACACAAGAGAUGGUGAAGGGGCAUCUGAAAUGGCAGCUUUGAGAGAUGGAAUAGCUGACGAGAUUAGUGAAAAUUUUAAUUAA